UUAAUUUUCAAGAUUGUCGAGGAUUGCACGUGUUUUUUUUUUUUGCAUUACACAUUUUUCUGAUCAUCAUGUCAUUUUUUAUUCGUCGGAAGAAAGAUGAAAACAAACACGUUAAAGCUAAGAAAGGAAGAAAUCAUUCUGAAGCUGUUGGUAGGAAGAAAGAUGGUCCGCCGAGGAAGAAGAAGAAAAUUGUAGAUGAAGAGAUUGAAAGUGACUCCGAUAUAGAGAAUGAUGAAGGAGCUGAGAAGCAAGCCUUCAGUUCGGAGGAGGAGGAGGAGGAGACGGCACAGGAGAAGAAACUGCGACUCACGAAACAGUAUCUGGCCAAGAUGGAGGCUCAUGAGGCUGAGCUACAGGAAGAUGAAGCUGGACUUAAAGACGCAAUAUCUCACCGACUCAAAGAGGAGUUGUUGGAGCAGACUGGUCGACUAUAUAAAGAAGUUGCUGACAAGUACCUGCCUCCAGACCCUGGAGAAAUAAAAGUGUUACGAGGUCACCAGUUGUCCGUUACGUGUGUUGUCAUCUCUCCAGACAGUCAAUGUAUUUUCUCCGCAGCCAAAGAUUGUUCCAUUAUAAAGUGGAAUGUAGAACAAGGUAAAAAGAUGCAUGUUAUACACGGUGGUCGUAAGGGAACUGAGAAAAGACACACGGGUCACACAGGACACGUGUUGAGUUUGGCAAUAUCAUCAGAUGGGAAAUACUUGGCAUCAGGUGAUGCCAACAAGUUAAUCCACAUUUGGAAUCCAGACAACUGUGAGUUGAUACAUACGUUUGAAGGGCACAGAGGACCAGUUACAGGUCUGUCUUUCCGAAAGGGGUCCCAUCAGCUGUUCAGUGCAUCCCAUGACCGAUUUGUCAAAGUGUGGAACUUGGAUGAAAUGGCCUAUGUAGAAACAUUGAUUGGUCAUCAGGAUGCUAUAACCGGUAUUGACAGUUUGACGAGGGAACGGGCUCUCACAUGUGGAGGUCGGGACAACAGUAUUAGGAUCUGGAAAAUCAUCGAGGAGUCUCAGCUUCUCUUCCUUGGUCAUGGAUCUUCCAUAGAUUGUGUGUCACUUAUUAAUGAAUCAAACUUUGUUUCUGGUGCUGAUGACAAUUCUAUAUCUCUGUGGGGAGUGAUGAAGAAGAAACCGCUGUUUACUGUGAAGAACGCUCACGGGUCCCAGAACCCCAACAGUGCGCAAAACCCUGACACUACUCAAAACAAGCAGACUUCAGUUUACCAAGAGAAUUGGAUCACUUCCAUAUCAUCCAUGCAGUACACAGAUUUGAUUGCUUCAGCAGGGUCUAAAGAUGGCUGCGUCAGGUUCUGGAAGUGUGGAGAAGACUUCAAAUCACUCAAGCAAAUCUUUUCAGUUCCACUGAAAGGGUUUGUGAACUGUGUGAAGUUCUCCGGUGAUGGUCAGUUCGUGGUGGCCGGCAUCGGACAGGAACACCGUCUGGGUCGGUGGUGGAGGCUAAAGGAGGCCAAGAACUCUGUGUGUGUUAUUCCACUUCACAAGAAAGAGAAGGAGAAGACAUGACCUUCUAACUAACACUUGAAUAAAACACUUGUAAUAUA